GAGAGAAGCCGCCUGUUACCAGGCAGGGCCGGCCAAUGUCUCAGGGGAAAUGCAGAAGGAGUGCCUCAAAAACAGACGUGAGGGCAAGAAAUGAGACGCAGACGCACACACAAAACAAAAAAACGGGGAAACACGGAGCACAGCGACCUUGCGAGCCACGUGCUGCCCAGAGACAUCUACAACAAAAGCAGCGUGCAGCAACAGCUUCAGCUCCACCCGCCCAUCGCUUGCCGACCAAUGGUUCCAGUGCCCUGUGUGCACCUGGCAUGACUCCCUGCUGGUUCCGACUCGCCAUGUUUUGGUCAGGGGUUUAAUGUUUAAGAUCUUCUUCAGCAAAAGGACCUGGGCUCAACUGCAAUUAAGGUGGUUACGUGGUGUCCGUCCGGUGCUGGACUAUUAUGCUCCAGCUGGAAGGCACCAAGUGCAGUUUCCUGUUUUGCCUGGGAAUCUGCAUGUUCAUCUGCUCUGUGAUCUACCUGAGUACCAAGGCCCCUACAGAUCCCCAGGCUCAGCACGGGCCCUUGGGCUGCAGGCCCUUCUCCCAGUACUGCCAAGCCUUCCUCCCAAGCACUGAUGGCUCUCCAGCAUGGCAACGCCACGACUGCCAGGUGGAGAGCUAUCUUCUGGGUAUGGGGGGUGGAGGUGGGGACUUGGACUGCUCCCGCCUGGUGAGGGAGCUCCACUUCAUCACCAGCCCGCUGAGUCGUGAGGAGGAAGACUACCCUCUGGCCUUCAUCCUCACCGUCCACAAGGAGCUGGAGCUGCUUGUGCGCCUGCUGAGGGCUAUCUACGCACCCCAGAAUGUCUACUGUAUCCAUGUGGACGUCAAGGCUCCGCAGGAGUACAGUGAAGCCGUGGAUAGCCUGGUGGGCUGCUUCCCCAACGUGUUCCUGGUCAGCCGCAGCGAGAUGGUGACCUAUGCCGGCUACUCGCGGCUACAGGCUGACAUCAACUGUAUGAGGGACCUGGUGGCAUCUCCGGUGCCCUGGAGGAAGGUGAUCAACCUGUGCGGCCAGGACUUCCCAGUCAAGAGCAACCUGGAGCUAGUGCGCUACAUGCAGAGCAAGAAGUGGAGGGACAGGAACAUGACCCCGGGCAUCAAGCAGCCGGCGUCCAUGAGGCACCGGACUCAGCUGAGGUACAGGGAGAUCAGGGGCUUCCUUGUGGCCCCCAAGCGAGGAGCACCAAAGAAGGGUGCUCCACCCCAUGGGGUGCAGAUUUACUUUGGAACAGCCUACUACGCGCUAACAAGGACCUUUGUGGAGUUUGUACUGAGAAGUCAGGUGUCCAGGGACUUGCUGGAGUGGUCCAAAGACACAUUCAGCCCAGAUGAGCACUACUGGGUGACACUCAAUCACAUCAAAGAAGCGCCAGGAAGUCAUGUAGACGGAGGUUGGAGCGGCGAGAUCCGGGCAAUAAAAUGGAGAGACCAAGAGGGGAUGGAACACAAUGGAUGCAAAGGUCGUUAUGUCAGGGACAUCUGCAUCUACGGUCUGGAGGAUUUGCAGUGGAUCAUCAACAGAAACAGCAUGUUUGCCAACAAGUUUGAGAGCAAGACCUUCCCAGAUGCUUUGGACUGCCUGGAGCAGUGGCACAGGGAAAAGGUCCUGCAGCAAGCCACGGUUCCCAUUCAGUCAUGGUGGCAACUUGCCACGCAAGGCAACAAAACCGGUCUUUUCAACGCCACAGUGGGACUUUGACGAGGCCGUGGGGUUCCUCCUGAACGGAAUGUACAUCUCCAAUAGACUUGUUGGUUAAUGAAUCGCUUUAGAGGGCUGUACUAAAGUGUGCUGCUAGGGUGUGCUGCUAGGGUGUGCUGCUUGGUGCGUUAAACCCAAAUCUUGAGACUGUCACUGCAUGGAUACGUAAUUAAAAACUGAAUUCCUCUCCAAUUGUAGGAAACCGACCAGAGAAGACUUGUUAUUGACAUAUCUCGGUUGUCCUGAAAUGCUUUUUGAUAAAAAAAACUUAAAAAAAACUUGGUGUAUCACUAAAGCCACAUGCCUGAAUAGUUUCUGCAUAUAUUAUGACAACAUUGUGAACAUUUUGUUUUGUUUUUUCGGCUGUUUUAGCACACAACAUUUUUUAUUAAGACAAAUCAAAGUUCAGUAGCCGAAGUCUACGCCCAUUCGUCAGUGAUUGGUCUACAGUACUACUCCUACUAGGAGUGGGAAUAGGGCUGGGCGAUAUGGACGAAAUAUCAUAUUACAAUGUUUUUGACGGUAUUUUUUUUUUUUUGAAUAAAAGUUCUAAAUAUGCUUUAUGAGUUGUUCUAGGAUGGCUUCAGUGGGGGUUCUCUCUAUUUAUACCACGUAUCAAACUCAUUCCACAGAGGGCCGAGUGUUAGUUGGUUUUUGCUCUUCCCUUGUAUUUGAUUGAUGAAUUAAGGUCACUGAUUAGUAAAGAACUCCCCUCAUCUGGUUGUCUAGGUCUUAAUUGAAAGGAAAAAACAAAACCCCUUAUUUAUACUGUUCCAUCCAACUCCAAACAAUAAUCAUUUUCAUCAUUUUCAUACAUUUCGGCAGGUAACCUAGUGGUUAGAGCAUUUGGCCAGUAACCAAAAGGUUGCUAGAUCGAAUCCCGAGCUGACAAGGUCAAAAUCUGUCGUUCUGCCCCUGAACAAGGCAGUUAACCCACUGUUCCUGGGCCGUCAUUGUAAAUAAGAAUUUGUUCUUAACUGACUUGCCUAGUUAAAUAAAGGUUAAAUAAAAAAUAUUAUUCCGACACUUUUAUUAUCAUUUCCACACUGGUCCAUGCAGAAUUUGGGCAAACAAUAUAGGCCUAGUUAAUAUGUGAACUGUUAGAAUCAUGGAAAUAUAUAUAAUAUAUAUAUAAUGAAAAGCUUACCAAGACCAACACCAGCACUGUUACACAGGCAGUAUUAGCUAGCUAUGUUCGCUCUGUACAUUUAGCAAGCAAGCUUGCCAGCUAACUGGUAAUUAGCAUUAGCAGUUAAGAAAAGACAAACGGGCAGAUAGUUGUUUGCAGAUAGUUAGACACACAAAACUAAUAAUGUAUAGAACGCUUGUGGAAAGCAACAUGUCACCAACAUUUGAAAAUACAGAGUGAACGGCAAGAAAAUGCUCGUGGUCGAGCAACUGCUCUCUCCUUGAGUGACAGUAGGCAGGCAAGGCUUGGUGUGGUUAGAAACAUGCAGCAGCAAGAGGAGAGAGAGGACUCAAGAACUAUAAAAACCAACAUUAUACGUGUGAGUUUCGUAUCACAUUUAACAAACCAAACAUUGAAAUACUGUUAUAGAAGGUCAAGUAAAAACUCAAACCGGUCCGUGCAUCAAUAUUGGUACUGUAUAUAGUAAAAUAGGGUAUAUCGCCCAGCCCUAAGUGAGAAGUAUGGACUGGAUUCUUCAAUCACGUGUUUGUUGUCAUUCAACGAGAGAGGACUAGUUUUCAUGCACAUUUUUUCUCUUGAGAAAUACUGCACCAAACAUCUUAGAUGUAAAAUUGCAUAACUAAGACAACCUCUGCAAAAAUGUCAACAUGUAUUACAGAUUUCUUGAUUAAUCUUACAUUCAUUUGGGAUAUUUUGAGGAAGUGUACUGGCUAUGUUGUUGCUAGGGUGGCUCAAGAGGGACAAAUAUUCAUUUUUGUAAUAUUGCCACUUUGUUUCUAGAGGAGUUCUGCUUGGAGUAAACCAAACCUCGAACUAUGUAUAAUGACGCCUUAAGGGGCACAUUGGUUGAGAGGAUGACGCAACCAUAAUCAGUAAGGAAUUCAUAAGUCCCCCCCCGCUGCGCCACACAAGGCCCUUCAGAGACAUGUGGUGCACUUUGACAACAGACCCAAAUAGGCCACUGUACCAAAGGGAUUCAGUAAACUUUACAGGCGAGACCAAUACACAACUCUCUGAACAUGGUGGCUUGGGAUGUGUGGCAACAACUUGAAAAUGUAUUGCCAUUUCAAAAACAAACAAAAAAUAUGUUUUUUGUUACACUGGAUUACAUGUUAAGAACAAUCUAUUUAAAGUAAGCUAUUAUAUUUGUCCUGCUUAAAAAGCUGAAUGUCUUCCUGUCUGUUGGAAAGCAGACUGAAUCAAGUUUUCCUCUAGGAUUUUGCCUGUCUCUAUUCUGUUUACCCCCCCCCCCCCCCAAGAACCUCCCUAGUCCUUGCCAAGCAUACCCAUAACAUGAUGCAGCCACCACCAUUGAAAAUAUGAAGUGUGGUACUCAGUGAUGUGUUGUGUUGGAUUUGCCCCAAGCAUUUUGUAUUCAGGACAUAAAUGUUAUUUUCUCUGCCACAUUUUUUGCUGUUUUAUUUGAGUGCCUUAUUGUGAACAAGAUGCAUAUUUUGAAAUAUUUUUUAUUCUGUACAGUCUUACUUCUUUUCACUCUGUCAUUUCAGUUAGUAUUGUGGAGUAACUACGUUGUUGAUCCGUCCUCAGUUCUCUCCUUUCACAGCCAUUAAACCACGUUAAUGUUA